GUGAAGUGUGUGUGUUUUCCUGCCGGUUUUUGAUUGUGUGUGACACUGAAGCCGGGAGCGAUGCCUGAACUGGCGGUAGAUAGAGUUGUGGUUCACCCGUUGGUGCUGCUUAGUGUAGUAGAUCAUUUUAACAGAAUUGGAAAGGUUGGAAACCAAAAGAGAGUUGUCGGUGUUUUGCUGGGCUCCUGGCACAAAAAAAUAUUAGAUGUCUCCAACAGUUUUGCAGUUCCAUUUGAUGAAGAUGAUAAAGAUGACUCUGUCUGGUUUCUGGAUCAUGACUAUCUGGAGAACAUGUAUGGGAUGUUCAAAAAGGUCAAUGCUCGUGAGCGGAUAGUUGGCUGGUACCAUACUGGGCCAAAGCUUCAUAAAAAUGACAUCGCUAUCAAUGAACUCAUGAAAAGAUAUUGCCCAAACUCAGUGCUGGUUAUAAUUGAUGUGAAGCCAAAAGAUCUGGGCCUUCCCACUGAGGCAUACAUUUCUGUGGAAGAAGUUCAUGAUGAUGGCACACCAACUUCCAAGACUUUUGAACAUGUCACCAGUGAGAUUGGUGCGGAAGAGGCAGAAGAAGUUGGGGUGGAACAUUUGUUAAGAGAUAUCAAAGACACUACAGUCGGGACCUUGUCACAGCGUAUCACAAACCAGGUGCAUGGACUGAAGGGGCUGAACUCCAAACUGCUUGACAUCAGGAGCUACCUGGAGAAAGUGUCCUCAGGCAAACUACCCAUCAAUCACCAGAUCAUCUAUCAGCUGCAGGACGUCUUCAACCUACUGCCAGAUGUCAACCUUCAAGAGUUUGUCAAGGCCUUCUACCUAAAGACUAAUGACCAGAUGCUUGUGGUCUAUCUAGCCUCGUUAAUUCGCUCUGUGGUAGCCCUUCAUAAUCUUAUCAAUAAUAAGAUCGCCAAUAGGGACGCGGAAAAGAAGGAAGGUCAGGAGAAAGAGGAGAGCAAGAAGGAGAGGAAAGAUGAAAAGGAAAAAGAGAAAAGUGAUGCAAAGAAAGAAGAAAAGAAGGAGAAGAAAUGAGUUGUAUUAAUAGUAUUUUUGUUGUUGUUCAGGGAAUGGAUAGGCCUAUUAAAGCAAAUCUUGUAAACAGAAACUGCUCAGGCUUUUCUUAUUAUAACUGCAGGGGAGGAUCUUGCAACAUCUCAUGAGGCAUGGAUGGCAUACUUAGUGGCAUUACAUUAAAACAGCUAUAAAAUUGUACUACAUCACUCUUCCAUUGUCAUUCUUUGAUGAGCAGUGAUAUCUUUAGUGCACAAUAUAGUCCCUACAUUCAUAUUUCCAUGAGUAACAAUUUUGGAGUUUAGUAUAUAGAUUUUUUUUUUCUGAGAGACCUGCGUGUGUGGUGGAAGAGCAGCAUCUUCCAGGCAUUUUGUGUGGGAGAUUUGGCUGUUAUUUCACUUCUGCAAAAAUCAUUAAAAGAUUUAUGAGAA